GGCUCUGCCGGGGAGAAGCCCUUCGAGGGGAUGGGUGGAUCGAUGUCUGGGACUGCGGUGGACGGUGGAGAGAAAUCUGGGGCUUCCCAAGGACCUUUCCCCGACGUGCGGUCUUGGGCUGCUCUGGAGAAGCGAGGAGGAGCGUCCAGACACACUUGCAGAGGUUUAGAAGCAAAGGAGCCAGAUUUUGCCAAGGGGCACCGAGGGGCCAUCGGAAGAGGAAGAUGCCCAGUACCGACCUUGUGAUGCUGAAGGCCUUUGAGCCUUACUUGGAGAUUUUGGAAGCUUACUCUACAAAAGCCAAGAAUUAUGUGAAUGGGUGUUGCACCAAAUAUGAGCCAUGGCAGCUAAUUGCGUGGAGUGUCCUGUGUACCCUGCUGGUAGUCUGGGUGUAUGAGUUUAUCUUCCAGCCAGAGAGUUUGUGGUCAAGGUUGAAAAAGAAAUGCUUCAAGCUCAUCAGGAAGACGCCCUUCAUUGGCCGCAUGAUUCAAAGAGAAUUGGAGAAGACCAAGGAGAAUGUCAGCAAGUACAUGGCGUUCCUGAAGGUGGACAGAGAGUAUGUGAAGACGCUGCCUGCGCAGGGGCUGAGCCCGGCCGCCGUUCUGGAGAAGCUUAAGGAGUACAGCUCCAUGGAUGUCUUCUGGCAAGAAGGGAAGGCCUCGGGAGCCGUGUACAAUGGGGAGCAGAAGCUCACGGAGCUGCUGGUUCAGGCUUAUGGAGACUUUGCCUGGAGCAACCCGCUGCAUCCAGACAUCUUCCCUGGACUACGCAAGUUAGAGGCGGAAAUUGUAAGGAUUGCAUGUUCCCUGUUCAAUGGGGGACCCGAUUCCUGUGGAUGUGUGACCUCUGGAGGAACAGAAAGCAUUCUGAUGGCCUGCAAAGCCUACCGGGACAUUGCCUUCGAGAAGGGGAUCCGAACUCCAGAAAUUGUGGCUCCUGAAAGUGCGCAUGCUGCAUUUGACAAGGCAGCCCACUACUUUGGAAUGAAGAUUGUGCGGGUCUCACAGAAGAAGAACAUGGAGGUGGAUGUGAGGGCAAUGAGAAGAGCCAUCUCCAGGAACACGGCGAUGCUGGUCUGUUCUGCCCCCCAGUUUCCUCAUGGCGUGAUAGAUCCUAUCCCUGAAGUGGCCAAGCUGGCUGUCAAAUACAAAAUACCUCUUCAUGUGGAUGCAUGUCUGGGGGGCUUCCUUAUCGUCUUCAUGGAGAAAGCAGGCUACCCACUGGAGAAGCUGUUUGACUUCCGGGUGAAAGGCGUGACCAGCAUUUCAGCCGAUACUCAUAAGUACGGCUACGCCCCCAAAGGCUCGUCCGUGCUGCUAUACUGCGACAAGAAGUACAGGAACUACCAGUUCUUCAUUGGCGCGGAUUGGCAGGGUGGCAUCUAUGCGUCCCCAACCAUGGCGGGCUCGCGGCCUGGUGGCAUCAUUGCGGCCUGUUGGGCCACUCUGAUGUACUUCGGUGAGAACGGCUAUGUUGAAGCUACCAAACAGAUCAUCAAAACUGCUCGCUUCCUCAAGUCCGAGCUGGAAAACAUCAAAGGCAUCUUCAUUUUUGGGGAUCCCCAGUUGUCAGUUAUUGCUCUGGGCUCGCAUGAUUUUGACAUCUACCGACUCUCUAACAUGAUGUCUGCUAAGGGGUGGAAUUUUAACCUCUUGCAGUUCCCGCGCAGUAUUCAUUUCUGCAUCACGCUAGUACACACCCGGAAGCGAGUGGCGAUUCACUUCCUAAAGGACAUCCGGGAAUCUGUCACCCAGAUCAUGAAGAAUCCUAAAGCAAAGACCACGGGCAUGGGUGCCAUCUACGGCAUGGCCCAGGCGUCCGUGGACAGGAACCUGGUUGCAGAAAUAUCCUCGGUCUUCCUGGAGAACCUGUACAGCACCGACCCCGUGAGCCCCGGAGGCCAGAUGAACGGGUCGCCUAGACCCCGCUGAGCUGGGGCUCUCGCUACUUCCACUGGACCUGUGGCCUGCAGAAGAGUCUGGGACUUAAGAACAGGCCGCACACACCUUGACACCUGGCCCUGCUCCUUAGAGCACAGUCAGAGACCGUGCAGCAGCCUCAGCCUCGGCUCCUGCUCCUCCGUUGGCACCUUUGGGGCUUUUAAUUUGACACCCUGGAGGAGUCCAUUGAAUAAUGAAGCUUUCCCCAUUGUGAAUGUUCCCCUAGGAACUGUUUGAACCAUUUCCCCCUCUUAACUGCUUUAGCCUUCAUCUUCACUUAUCAAUGUGUGGCAGUUCUGACCUGUCCCGAAAGGAUGAGAUAGCAAGAGGGCAUCUUUGCCACUGCAGGCAGGUGAUGGGGCUGCCUGGUGGGAGGCAGUGAUGUGACAUGUGUCCCGGGUGGGUGUUAAAAGCAUCCUAAGGGGGAGGCUGUCUCAGCCCCUGCGUUAGAGUAAGCUGCUGCUCUCUCUCAGCAUGGUCCCGGCAGCUUGUCUUACUUCUGGGACGCAGGUUGGCCAGGCCCUUGGCCCCUGUCGUGCAGGCCUGGAGCGUCUCCCCCGGCAGGGCUCCGGUGCUCUCGUCCUCUGCCCUGCUUGCCCGAGGUGGCCGCGUCACUGGACGCGCUUGUUGGCGGUCCUCCCACUGGAUUGUCCUGCUUCCGUGGAGCAGGGAGAGAACCUGCUCUCCAGAGAAUCUGCAGCUUUAUGGCGUGAUGCUACCUCUCCUAAGUGGCCAUGGCCAGAGCACAGUUGCGCCCUGUCUAGGGAGGUGAGCAGAACCCAGACUUUUCCUUGUGCUUUCUUGAAUGUCAGCAGAGGUACAGAUGUGGGUGGUGGUCCUUUCCUCCCCAAUGCCUUAAGCCAGCAUGUGGCCUUGACUUCCCUUAGUGGUUGUGAAGAGGGUCAGUGACCUUCUCUGUCUUGGUGUGCUCUUCCUGCCUUCAGCUUCAAAGGUACGAUGGCAGUCAGCCUCAGGUACCAAGCAUGCCUCAGCCUUUGCCAAGAGGGAGCAGCGAGGGUCAAGGGGCACCUCGGCCUGGGGAAGCGUGGUGGCAGCAGUGAUCAGGGCUUGGGGGUGACACAGGCAGUGCCAAUCCUGUGCCCACUUCCUCCCUUCUCCCUUUGGGGACCCAGACCUAGGAUGACAUUGUCCUGCUCUUGGGAUGUCACGCCCUGUGCCUUUCUUCCCCGCAGUGAGCACUGAGCUCAUUCCCAGCCCAGUUCCCCGGGGCAGCAGACCAGUCUGUCUGGGUAGGAGAAAACUUUGGAUAAAUCAGGAGGAGCUUUGCCCUCCCAUUCUCAGGGACUCCUGAAUGUUCCACCUCUUAGACUGCUGCCUUCCAGCCAUGGCUGCCAGAGCCCAAACACCAGGGUUUUCCUCCAACUCCUGGGAAGUGUUGUUCAGCACCACCCUUCUCACCCCUUUACUGUGACUAGCUGGCCAUGUCACUGCAGGGUGGUUUGGGGACUACACGUGUGGGCGUCCACUCUUCCUUCCUGCUUGCUCUGUAGUCCUUGUGGGGUUCAGAAGUGCUUGUUGUUUGGGGGUGAGUUCUGGAACUCACACACUGCUCCCAGGUGUUGAGCCAGCAGGCUCAGGAGAGUAGCUGCCGUGAGCCUGUGUCUGCAGGUCCAGUGUGCCACUGUGGAGGACCUGGAGUCAUCCAGUGGACACUACUGGCUUGCCAGCUGCUAAAACGAAGAAGCACAUCUAGGACCAGACCCUGAGCCACUGCUGCCCUGUGCUGUGACAGCGUUGGUGCUGGGUGAUGGUGUUUUCCAAAGGGACCUACUUACUGUAACCUCUUCAGUGUAUGAUCAAGAACCCUGCUGUGACUUAACGUUUUUUGUAGUCAUUUUGUGUGUAUUUGUGUGUGCGCAUGCAAUCCCUUGUCUGCGGCAGGUGGGUAGAGUGACUUCAUGGUAUCAUGUGACUGGCAGAUGCCACGUUGGCUUCUGCGCACACCACACUGUCUCUUCCUGCGUUAGAAGCGAGUAGUCCUGUGAAUCCACUGCCAUGUCACCUUAAUACUUCCUGCUUUAUAUUUGGAAAAUGGUACUUGCUUCUUUUAAACCUUGUCUUCUCAAACCCACCCCUGUCUCCGGACCCUCUUUCUAACUGCAGCAGUAACUCGUAAAAAUCAAUUAAAAUAUUCCAAAUCCUAA